CAUCAGCAGUGAACAAAUCUCGUUGUUCUAAUUACCAGACACCAUUUCAUAACGCAGAAUGACUCCGGAUCAUAAAUCAAAUAUUUCUUUGAUUCUUUUAAGUAAUCGAUUUUAUUCUUCCUCACAAGUACCGUAAACUCCGUACCUCGGAAGAUCACCUUCAACCUCGUUCCAAAUCAAACGGUUCUUUUGAUAACGGCGGCCACGGCAAAGUCUAGCGCCGCUUUGCGAGCCGUGCUCCGUAUGCAUGCUCGUACAUAAAAAUUUACUACCCCUCCAACACCAGAAAUCCCAUCCCUCAACACCACCCCAAAAACAAAAACCUCACCAUGGAGUCCAAUGGCGCAGGAAGCGCGCAAUCUGCGCCAUCACCAGGUAUCCAACUGCUCUCAUCGCAUACCCAGAUAUUUAAACAAUCAAAAAGAAAUCUAAACUAACCGAACUCCACCAAAGCAAAAUGCCAGGCCCAAUUCGAACUCGGCUGCACCCUCUCCCUCUUCCUCUGGCCCUCCCUCACCCUCGCCGUAACCAACUCCUGGGGCGGUCCCGACUCGGCUUCCAAGCGUGAAUGGUUCGCGCAGCAGACCAUCGACCUCUUGAACGAGACACCCGACGCAGACGCCGAAUGGUUGGAGGAAUUCCUGCUAGGAGUCAUGCUGGAUGAAUUCGAAGUAAAUGUGGACGAUGAGAGUGGAUUCGAGGUCGCGGAGCAGGUCAUGAGGAUUAAGAAGGACUGUACGAAAGGGGAGUUCGGGGAGGUGAUAGGAAUGAAGGAGAGGUGGGAUGCGAAAGCUGGGAAGGAGGAUGUGGGGAAGAUGUUUGAGAAGAAGGAGAGAGGGGAGGACGAGGACGAGACGAGUGGAUCGGAUGAGGAUGACGAAGGAGGUGCUGAUGUGGAGAUGGAUGAGGCGCCGCCGUUGGUGAGGGUCAAGGAACCGGCGGAGGUGGAUGAAGAUGGAUUUACGAAGGUCACGAAAAAGAAGAGAUAAACUUCUGGAUAGGGAUAAAAACGGCGUCCAAAAGAUACCAAAAAAGGGAGGGAUAUCAACAUGGAUUACAAAUUCUCUACGGGAAAUUGUAGAGAGCCUCAGUGACCAAAAAGGAGUCGCCUAACCUAAUACUCCCCAGGGAAGCUUCAACGCCAGAAAACAAUGAUCGCCACGAAUCAGCCUUCUUACUCCCAAUCUUCAUCCUCGCUAUCAUCGCCCUUUCGAGAUUCUUUCGGACUAUUUGGAGCAUGACUUGGCACUCCAGAAGCGGCUCCAACAACGUCAUAACUGCCAUCACUGUCGGCUCGUGAUUUUUCGUCGGAUUUACGAGCCCCUUCUGGGGCAAGAAGAGUUUUAUCGGCUGUCUCUGUAGCGGGAUGAAGGGUUGUGGAUGACUCUGCAGAAGCUGGCCUGCCUGCUUCUUUUGCUUUGGUGGUCUUAGUUGUGGCUUCAUCUUCAGAAUCUUCGUCCCAAGCAAUAUCUUCCUCAGUUGAGGCAGCUGCACCUGAUGAUAGUUAGACAUCAGAAAAUAACCAUGAAGUCUGAUAUAGACAUACCUUUGAGUAGAUCCCUUCUCCGCGCCUCAGCAGUCUCAAUACUGUGUCUCAGAAAGUAGUACCGCUUCCAGAAAUCGUCGUAUUUGACCGUAUCCGGAACCAAUUUCUCCAUAGACGCUCUCAAUUCAUUAAAAUUCUCCAAGUCCUUGCUGAUAUCAUCCGUCUUCUUCGCCACAUCAAAAGUCUUCGUCCAAGGCUCAUACUCCUCACUAACCGGAUCCUUGGUGAAACUAUCGAGUGACGAAUGUAUAACAUGUAGUUGUGCAUCGAAUCGUGUGGUAUGAAUUACUCGCUUCCCGGACGCAUCUUUGCUUUCAAACAAUACCGUGUUCCCAUCUUUACUAUCUUCCGCAGUCGCUGGUGUAAUACUAACAGCAUCCUUCAAGAAGUCUCUGAGAUUCGUGCCGAAUUUCAAGAGCGCCUCGUCUGCUGCAUCUUCCGCAUGUUGGAUAUCCUUUAACCGUUUCGCAGCCUCCGUGCGGAGUCUCGCAAGCACACCCUCCGAUUCCUUCAAAGCGUCAUCAGAAGAAACCUCCUUCUCCCC